AGUUCUCAACAGAGAAUUGUUUCUGUGUAAUCUGCAGUUUGAUUUCUGGGAUAGUAUUCAGCACAGAUCUAAGAAUCACAAAAUGGAGUUGAUAAAAGACAAGUUGUAUGAAAUCAGAGAACAGUAUGAAUACAGUAUGUCAAAUGGCGAUAAGAGAGUGGAAAACUGGUUUUUGAUGUCAUCACCAUGGCCAACAUUGGCUGUUAUUUUAGUGUAUUAUAUUUUUAUAUGGUUGGGCCCCAAAUACAUGGAAAACAGAGAAGCAUACAAGCUGCAAACACCAAUGAUAAUAUAUAAUUUUUCCAUCAUGGGACUGUCUGUUUACAUCUGGUGUUCGUGUGUUUACAGUAUGUAUAUGGCCGGGUACAAGUUUUCCUGUACACCUGUUAGUUACACCUAUGAUACUUAUGAUAUUACGAUAGCUGCAGCGUUGUGGUGGUACUAUUUUUCCAAGGGUAUAGAACUCUUAGACACAGUAUUUUUUAUUCUUCGCAAAAAAAAUAACCAACUUAGUUUCCUUCAUGUAUAUCACCAUUCAACAAUGUUUAUAUUGUGGUGGAUUGGAGUCAAAUGGGUUGCUGGUGGUCAAUCUACUGUUGGGGCUUCUAUUAAUUGUUUUGUUCACAUAAUUAUGUAUUUCUACUAUGGGAUGUCGGCUUUGGGACCGAGAUUCCAGAAAUUCUUGUGGUGGAAGAAAUACCUUACCAUUCUGCAGUUG